AUGUCCCUAUCCCGCAACAGGAUAUUGAAUGAGGUUAGGGAUUCUGCCACUCUCAAUGAUCCGGAUGUCAAGUUAACACCAAAGGACAACUUCUAUGAAUGGGAAGCUGUUAUAAAUGGGCCAACUGACACACCGUAUGAAAAUGGAUCAUUUAAACUCUCAAUUCACUGCCCUAUGAACUACCCAAUAUCUCCUCCAAUUGUACAUUUUUUAACUCGCUGCUUCCAUCCCAAUAUUAACUUUUUGACUGGAGAAUUGUGUCUAGAUUUACUAAAAUCUAAUUGGACUCCCGCAUGGACAAUCCUGUACAUUUGCAAAGCAAUUAUUUACAUGCUCGGCGAGCCUAAUGCGGAGAGUCCCCUGAAUUGUGAUGCGGGGAAUUUGAUUCGUGAGGGUGACAUUAGGGGGUUCAACUCAUUGGCUAAAAUGUAUACCCAUGAACUUGCCAUGUCAGGGUUUUAA